AUGUCAUUGAAAAAAGUUGACAUCGAGGCGACAGAAAGCGAAAAAACCAGUACAGCCAGUGCUGAAGCCACUCCUACUGAAUCAGGACUCAUCGAUUCCGAUAGCUGUCCAGUAAUGUGUCUCAUUAAUUUCAGCAAAGGAUUUGCUUACGCUUGUGGCCAAGGAUAUGUUCAUAUGUUCGAGAAAGAAUCACCGCACCAUUGGAGGAAGAGAAACUUGUAUAGAAUAUCCAAGAAAUCUUAUAAGCAUACCCGAGAGCAUCCAUUGUGGUCGCCACUUGACGCUAUUCAACAUAUAACAAUUGAUCCGAAUCAAGAAACUCUUCUCAUCACAACUCUGAGAAAGCAGCUCUAUUACGUCAAAUUGUUCGGGCAACAUAUGCUACAAAAUCCAGAGAUAUCAUUCACGGAACUCGGUCCAGCUAUGCAUUACGGAAGAAUAAAUGCUCUCUCUAUGUGCGCGUGGAAACCAAUUUUCAUGACUUCUGGAGAACUGGACAAGAGUAUACGGAUUUGGAACUACAUGACCGAUGACGUUGAAUUGAUUAAACUAUAUCAAGAGGAGAUACAUUGUCUGUCUUUACAUCCUUCUGGGCUAUUUGCCAUAGUUGGCUUUUCAGACAAGUUACGAUUUAUGCACCAACGGCCACCUUUUCGCAGCAGUCAAUGGUCAAGUUGUGCAAGUUUUUUCCUCGUUUCAUUUCAAAAUGUUUAUAAUUUGAAGGGUCAUAACGGAAAAAUAACGUGCCUGGCGUGGUCAGCAAAUGAUUUAACACUAGUCUCCUGUGGAACUGAAGGCGCCGUGUACGAGUGGAACAUGGCUUCCGGCCAACGAGUCGGCGAAGUUAUAUUGAAAACGAACCAAUUUAAAGCCUGUGCCGUGAAUAAUAACGGUAAAACAACUUACGGCGUUGGAAGUGACGGCGAAAUCAAAGAAAUCGGCUCAAAUACGAUUCGGAGAAAUCUUGGUUUGAUUGGAUGCGGUCUCGACACUAUAGUCCUCUCCCGUUCCGAUUUGAUGCUUUUCAUUACCGGCGGCGAGGGUGGUGUUACUGCGGUGCAAUUACCAUUACUAGAUAAGGCUAUUUACAACGAAUUUCAUAUGCACAAUAAAAAUGUAACCGCCAUUGCCCUAUCAUACGACGAUCAAACAUUAGUUUCUGUGGCUGAAGAUUCGUCUAUCUGCCUAUGGAGAUUAACUAAUGCUGACGGUAGAGCGAUAGCUUUAGAUAAAGACUUCGCAUAUUCCAAAGAGAUUCUGAUCAGUAAGAAAGAUCUUCAAGAGAAAAUUAAUAGUAUUAAUUUACUCAGUACUAGGAUGAGUGAAUUGGAAACUGAACAUACGUACCAGCUACGUCAGGCUGAAGCAGCUCAGGCUGAGAAAUUAAAAGAGGUUCAUGAGGGAUACUGCGCCGCUAUAGAGGAACUAAAAGAGAAAAACGAGCAAAUGGAAAAUGAACAUACCCACGAAAUUGGCAUGAUACAACAAGACAUCGCAAAGCUGCGAUCGGGUCACGAAAGAACUUUACAAGCUUAUGAAGCAGAUUUUAAUAUUCGACUAAUUAGCGAAUAUGACAGAUAUCAGAGUCUAGAAGACAAAACAGCUCGCAUGAGGAAAGAUUACGAACAACGUUUAGAAGAUUUGGCGGAAAGCAAGCGACAGGCUUUAAGAGAACUGAAUAAGACUUUUGAAGCGAAAUUAGAAGAAAAAGAUCUCAUGCUUCAAGAGUUACAAGAACAAGCUGAUAUGGAAAAGAAGGAACAUGAAACUAUUAAGGCGUCUAUAGAAGAAGAUGCUGAUCGUGAGAUAAUAGAGAUAAGAACGGCUUACGAAGUUCAACUAAAAGAAGAAAAAGACGCAAAUGUUAGGCUGAAAGGCGAAACCGGUCUGAUGAAGAAAAAACUUAUAUCAGCUAACAAAGAGAUUGACGAAUUCAAACAUCAAGUGUCUCAACUUAAAGCCGAGCACAAACAGUUUCAAAAAGUAAUAUCGACUCUGGAACGAGACGUCGCUGAUCUCAAGAAAGAAAUAUCGGAGAGAGACGGCACAAUACAAGAUAAGGAAAAACGGAUAUAUGAAUUGAAACGCAAGAAGCAGGAACUAGAAAAAUACAAAUUCGUUUUGAAUUUUAAGAUAACCGAAUUGAAAAAUCAGAUUGAACCGAAAGAAAAAGAAAUACGGGAGUUAAAAGUUCAGAUUGAUGACAUGGAGAAUGAAGAGCUAAAAUUAUUGAACACUAAACAUGAUCUUGGUAAAAUAGAGCCAUUAGAGCGCGAGAUCAAAGAGAGAAAAGUGCGUAUUCUUGAACUGGAAGUGUCGUUGGAAACUCUUCUAAAGCAAAAAGAUUUCCGCGAACUUAAGAUCAAUCAGUUGAAUGAAAAGUUAGCAUCGGCGAAGAAAGAUUUCUUCAGUGAGGCGAAUCGUAAUUUGACUCUUAAAAUACUUUAA